AUAUUCUCGAUAGCUCGCUUGUGAGUCCAUUUUCUGAUUUCAAACUUUUGGAGCUCGCAGAACUACGUUGUAACCGCGAUUUCUUGACUACUGAGUAUGGAGGUGGACGAGAGAUCUGAGGACGGGUGUAUGACGCCGAGGCAGAGUCAAUAUCAGAUUCCCGCAAUCUCCGUUUGUCCGCCGCCGCCGAAGAAAAAAUCGGCAAGCAGAACGAUGCAGGACCCGCCGAAGAACGGGUAUUUCCAACCGCCCGAUCUUGAUUCCCUGUUCGCUGCUAUAGUUGCCUCUUAGAGCAAGAAGGGAAGCCUGUGCUGGGCAAAGCGUCAUGUUUUGCUUUCGCUUUUGUUGAUUCAAGAUGAAAAUAGAGCUGUUUUGUUUGGUAGAGAGAGCAUUUGAUUACUUUGUAUAUUUGUAGUAGUUUUGGUACGGAGCAAAACGAAUUGCUUGCGUAGAUGAAUUAUCAGCAAAAGUAUAACCAGUAAUUCUAUUUAGAUUAUGGAUUCAUUCCUUAGUUUGA